GGAUCGGGCUUCCCUUUCCCAGGAGCCCGCAGGCCUUCUGGUGACCGUCGCCGCCGUCACCGGAGCGCGGGUCCCCGACGCUGAACGGCGGAGGCGGGGUGUCCCGGUCCUUCCAGACGCUGCCUGGCGAGAUCGGACGUUUACAGAUAUGAUCCAGCCCUGUACUGAGUUACUUCGGUUAGUCCGAGUGAACGUUCAAUAAUGAGUGGUGCAGCUUUGGGACUCGAGAUUGUUUUUGUUUUUUUUCUGGCAUUAUUUCUACUUCAUCGAUAUGGAGACUUUAAGAAGCAGCACAGACUUGUAAUUGUCGGAACACUGCUAGCUUGGUAUCUCUGCUUUCUUAUUGUCUUCAUUCUGCCUCUGGACGUUAGUACGACAAUAUACAACCGAUGCAAGCAUGCUGCUGCCAACUCAAGCCCCCCUGAGAACAGCAACAUCACAGGCUUGUACGCCACGGCCACCCCAGCUCCAAGUCCACAUCCGUGUUUCAAGCCAUGGAGUUACAUUCCUGAUGGAAUCAUGCCAAUUUUCUGGAGGGUAGUAUACUGGACAUCGCAGUUUUUAACAUGGAUUCUCUUACCUUUUAUGCAGUCAUAUGCAAGAUCAGGAGGGUUCUCCAUCACUGGGAAGAUCAAAACCGCACUGAUUGAGAAUGCGAUCUAUUAUGGCACCUACUUGCUGAUUUUUGGAGCAUUUCUAAUUUAUGUAGCUGUAAACCCACACUUGCACUUAGAAUGGAAUCAGCUUCAGACGAUUGGGAUCGCUGCUGCAAACACAUGGGGUCUAUUUCUUCUUGUGUUAUUGUUGGGGUAUGGCUUGGUGGAAAUCCCUCGGUCAUACUGGAAUGGAGCAAAAAGAGGUUAUCUACUGAUGAAAACGUAUUUUAAGGCAGCCAAAUUGAUGACAGAGAAAGCAGAUGCAGAAGAGACUUUAGAAGAUGUCAUGGAGGAGGUUCGUAAAGUGAAUGAAAGCAUCAAGUAUAACCACCCAUUGAGAAAAUGUGUUGACACAAUACUUAAAAAGUGCCCUACAGAGUAUCAGGAAAAAAUGGGUAGGAACAUGGAUGAUUAUGAAGAUUUUGAUGAAAAGCAUAAUACCUAUCCAAGUGAAAAAAGUCUGGUGAAAUUACAUAAACAGGUUAUUUACUCAGUUCAGAGGCACCGUCGAACUCAAGUACAAUGGCAGAUCCUUCUGGAACAAGCAUUUUAUCUAGAAGAUGUAGCAAAGAAUGAAACUAGUGCUACUCAUCAGUUUGUUCACACCUUUCAAUCGCCAGAACCGGAAAAUAGAUUUGUCCAGUAUUUUUAUAGUCCUGCAGUUGAGUGGUACUGGGAGUGUCUUUUGCGACCAUGGUUUUACAGAAUACUGGCUGUGGUUUUGUCUGUCUUCUCUGUGAUUGUCGUGUGGUCAGAGUGCACGUUCUUUAGCACGACACCUGUCUUAUCCCUCUUUGCAGUCUUCAUACAGCUGGCUGAAAAAACAUACAAUUAUAUUUAUAUCGAGAUUGCUUGCUUCCUUUCCAUCUUCUUCCUAAGUAUCUGUGUUUAUUCUACUGUGUUCAGGAUUCGUGUGUUUAACUAUUACUACUUGGCUUCACAUCACCAGACUGAUGCGUACAGCCUUCUUUUCAGUGGCAUGUUAUUUUGCCGUUUGACUCCUCCUUUAUGUCUUAAUUUCUUGGGGUUGACCCAUAUGGAUUCCUCCAUCUCUCACCAGAAUACGCAACCAACUGCUUAUACAUCUAUUAUGGGUUCCAUGAAAGUUUUAUCCUUUAUUGCAGAUGGAUUCUAUAUAUAUUAUCCUAUGCUGGUAGUAAUUCUCUGCAUUGCUACUUAUUUUAGUUUGGGAACUCGUUGUUUGAAUCUACUUGGUUUCCAGCAGUUCAUGGGAGAUAAUGAUAUGACCUCAGACUUAGUUGAUGAAGGAAAAGAAUUAAUCAGGCGAGAGAAGAGAAAAAGGCAAAGGCAAGAAGAAGGUGAAAACCGAAGAAGAGAAUGGAAAGAACGAUAUGGACACAAUAGAGAAGAUUCCACUAGAAACAGAAAUGUUCAUGUUGACCCAAAAGAGUCAAAUUUUUCAGAAAUGAGUACGACCCGAUCAGCAUCUAAAUAUACGAGGGCCAAUAAUAGGACUGAAAGGGAUCGAAUAGAACUCUUACAAGAUGUAGAACCUUUGGAUUUUAAUGCAGAAGCAUUUACUGAUGAUCCUCUUGAAUCUGAAUCAGGAAGGUAUCAGCCCGGUGGACGAUACCUCUCGAUGUCUCGCAGCAGAAUAUUUGAUGAUGUUUAAAGUCUGAAAGAAUUCAUGGAAUAACUAACAGCAGCCAUUCAGUUCAGUCUUUAUGAAUAUCUGUAUACCCUAAAAUGUACACUGUACUCUCGGUGAUAAACAAAAGGCACUGAAAAUCAGUCACAUCUUAGUAAUAGUUCAUGCUCCAUUGAAUAGAGUAUCAUCUUUUCUAAUAGAAUUUAUUACAUACCAUUCCUGAAGUGUCUGCCUUAGUUUGGAGUACAGUUAAUUCAUGGAGGGAUUUCAUGAUAAAGAUCAGUAUGUGUUGAGAACAUGUAGUUCAAUUUGUUUCAUAUUAUUUUUUUCAGGAAAGUUGAUUUAAAGCUCCAAGGAAGCCCUAAGUCAAACUAUAAUAUUAUGCCACUUUAUUUUGAUUAACAUUUUUGCUAUUUCUAAAGAAUAUGUUAAUCUUGUAUUUCCCAAAGAAUUGAAGACCAUGAUAACCAUAUUUACAAAACCCAUGUUGUAAAACAAGGCUUGUUUACCAGACAUAAGUAGGUGUAAAAAGUUCUUUUCCAGUUCUGUAUGCGUGUUGGUGAGGUCUUUGCAUGUACAGUUCAGACUAGACUUCAGUGACAGUGCUGGUGUCUGCAGCACGUUUGUGGUAACUGGGUGAAGUGUAACUCUUAGUCUUUGGUAGUAACUGGAAGCUGCCAGUGCUUUGUUAUGCCUUGUAAAAGAUGUUCAUUUCAGAGGUGUCUACCUUUCUCAUUGAGCAUGUUGAUUUAAGUCUUGAUUAUUCCCUUUAAAGAGAAUCAUACACAUAAUGGUAAAUAGUGUUGUUGUUUUUUGAUAACCAAAGAGUCCCACAGAAUUCUCUAAUAUUUAAAGGUGCGUAUUUAUGCUUUUUGAAAAAGAAUAUCUGGUUAUUCAAAGGCAAAAAGUUAAUCCAUUUUCUGUUAUUAUACUAAUAACACUUAAAUUGUGGUUUAUAGCAAACCGAAAACUACAGGCAUACCUUGGAGAUAUUGUGGAUUCAGUUCCAGACCACAGCAAUAAAGUGAGUCUAAUGUUUUUGCUGGUGGAGGGUAUUGCCUUUAAUUUGUAAAAAAAAUAAAACAACAACAACAAAAAACCCCCAAACUGUAACAUCUCUAGGAUGCAAUAAGGCAUAGCAUAAUAAAAUGAGUUAUGUUUAUAUAUUAGAAUGGAAAUCCUAUCUAAUAAAGAGGGAAUAUGCUAAUUGACCCUCAUGCUGUCGCAAAGAUGGUGGUGCCCACAGCCAAUAAGGAGAGAAUAUGCUAAUUGACUGCCCUACCCUCAAAGAUGGUGGCACCCACAGCCACAAGUUGACGGUGCCCAGUCCCCUCAGCCCCCCAGCCACCCAGGGCCGGCCCAAGGAACAGGCAAGCCUUGGAUGGCGGCUGCCGAGCCACCCAGGGCCGCCCAAGGCUCAGGUAACCAGGACCGGCUGAGGCUUGCGCUGCCGGCAGUGGCAGCUGCAGAGGUGUGAUGGGGCAUCGCCUUCCCCUGAUCACCAGGUGGCCUCCCGCCCCUGAGGGCUCCCAGACCGUGAGAGGGGGCAGGCCAGGCUGAGGAACCCCCACUCCAGUACAUGAAUUUUCAUGCACUGGAUCUCUAGUAUGUAAUAACUUGUUGGUUUAAACAUGCUAAUUAUUUUUAAUUGAUUUUUAAAAAAAUAUAUUUUAUUGAUUUUUUACAGAGAGGAAGGGAUAGAGAUAGUUAGAAACAUUGAUGAGAGAGAAACAUCGAUCAGCUGCCUCCUGCACAUCUCCCACUGGGGAUGUGCCCACAACCAAGGUACAUGCCCUUGACCGGAAUCGAACCUGGGACCUUUCAGUCCGCAGGCCGAUGCUCUAUCCACUGAGCCAAACCAGUUUCGGCUUUAAUUGAUUUUUUUAACCUUUGUGGUUAAGUCAGAGUUAGGUGUUAUAUUUUAAAUCAUCACAUUACUCACUGAAUAUAAAGGAGCAAAACAUGUUUACAGAGAGGUUUUUAUGUCCCUGAAAUGUUCGCACAUCUUCGAGGACCCAUGCUCAGGUUCACCCAGUGGUGACUGUACUUGAACUUGCCCAUGCAGUCUCAGUUACAAACCUCUUGUCCAGGGGAACUUGUCCUGUGCUCACAUUCACUCUUAAGCAUUCCAGUUUGAGGAUGAAUUAUAUAGUCACUCUAACAAUAUGAUUAUAUGUUCCUUGAAAGUAAUCCUUCCUGAAUCAUAAUUUUUUAUUUUAAUUUUCCUCUUUACUUAGUGUUACCAUGUGAAUUUGUAAAGACACAGUUCUAUGCAGAUACUAAAAGUAUAUCAUCCUAGUUAUCUAAUUUUCUUAAAUUUGUAUGAUUUUUUGAGAUUAGCUGCCCUUUAACAUAAUUAUCAGUGGAUAGAUUUUACUCUCAGUCGAAGGUCAUAUAGAGUGUCCAUUUGAGAUCACACAUACACAGCCUUUUAUUGUGAAGUGUGGUUAGAGCAAAAUUGGCCAGGAGCAGAGAUAAUUUAAUACUGCUUGUAAUUUCAUGAUUGACCAUGGAAUACCUUGGGAAGUCAUGUAACCUUUUGCUGCCUCAGUUUCUUCAUUUGCAAAAUGAAGAUGAUACUUGUAUUUAUCGACUGAGCUACCUCACAAAGCUAUUGUGAGGGUAUUGAGUUGAUGUUGAUAUGGUGGAGUUUAAAAAGAAAACAAAAUCAGUCGUUCGCUGUCCUGUUUUUCCUAGUCUAUUUGAAGGUGUUGGAUGGGAAAUGAUCACCCCACAAAAGGAUCCAGUUUCUUAUUAUUACAAAGAACCCCACAAGUUCCCUAAGUGGAAACUUUUGGGAAAUUCACCAAAAGUCCUCUGAAAAUAGUACUGUUUUAUUAUUUAGUUUUAGGGUUUCUUUGGAAUAUUUCUCUUAAGUAUAAUGUUGUUUCUUGUCAGGUUUUGUCAUAAAACUCAGAUGUGAUUGUAGAAGCUGAAGCAGAAAACGAGAAGAAAUUAUCCAGUUACUUUUAUAACUUACAGUUACCUAAGAUAAAUUGAUAGGAAAAUGUAAGGGAAUGUACUACUUUAUUAUUAUUUUUUUUUAUUAUUUGAAUAAUCAAAGUAUUAUACUUCAUGAACAGUAGAUCCCUUUAUGACUUCUGAGUUAUUUUCCCAAUAAUUUUGGUUACGUGAUCCAAAGUACUCAACUUUUGAAGCAGAAUUUAUCUUACAGGAUUUUAUAUAUGAUCAGAUAGGAAGGUUACCUGGUAAAUUUGAGUUCAGAAAGUAAUGAUUUAAUCUCUGAAGACAGUUUAUUGCUGGGGAACUAAGUAAGCCACCUUAUAUAAAAAUCUGUAGUAAGUACAAGAGAGUUCUUUUUUGAGAACCUUAUUAAAAUGUAAUGGCAUCUACUGUAAAACAUUACUACUAAGUUAAUAUACUUUACAUGCAACGUACUUUUCUUGAAGAGUUACUUCUGGCAAUUACCUCUUGAAGUCAGAUGUCUUUCUUACAUAAUAAUAGAUAAUCUGAUUAAAUUUUCUAUAUUAUUUUUCUAAAUAAUUGUUAGGUAAGCAUAUUCAGUAAGCUGGUAAUUCAAAGUAAUCAUUGCAGAAAAUAAUUAAUAAUCUACUAAUUUCGUGAAACACUUGUAAGUUGCUACUUAAGUUUUGUUACUCCAUCAAUAAUGUAUUAUUAUCCAUGGAGCAUUUUUGUAAAGAUCAUCACUAAAAUAAGAAAUAAGAUAUAAGCCUAAUUAUUAGAAUUUGUUCUCUCACCAAAUGAAUACAAGGGCUUUGGGAUACUGUCAUCACGCAAGCGCCCCCUCGUUUCACAAGAGCUAAAUCAGAAGAGUCGAUAGUUCUUUAGUUAUAAAAACAGAUCCGAGAAUCUGGCAGUCCCAACCUCUGGGAAGAAAUGCCACCAGUUAGUUUGUUUUGGGAGUCCGCUGUUUGUUUAGAUUAUCGGUCCUUAUAUUUAUGCCUUUUGUGUACCCAAAUGAAAGUAAAUGUGGAUGGGAAAGGCAAUGUGUGUUUUCGUAAGUGUAUUUCAGCGUAUUAAUGAAGGAAUUCCAUUUAUGUACAAUAGCAAACCUCACUUUUUAUACCUUUAAUAGGUUUAGGGAAUGUUCUUGAUAGUGUGGUGGUUACCAUUUUAAAGGAAAAAUAAGCUCUGUGAUUAUAAUUCACACUGCUCAGUUUUGUGAGUUUUAUACUUGUGAUUUGAAUGGACCAUGUCUGAAAAUCACAAGGAUGAAUAUAUUUACACCUCCAUUUCCUUUCAUGCUCAGCCUGAUUUGCCUAAAUUUUAUUCUCAUUUUCAAAAGAUUUGUCCAUUAAGGUUGAUGGAAGCCUUGUUAUAAUUUCAAGUUUGUGAAUAAAGCAAAGAUAAUGGCACGUUCCUCUUUUCAUAUUGAUAUUCUAAAGACAUUUGUUUUUGAUACACUCCCUGGGGAGCAUUAACGUUUUCUCCUGAAAAUAUUUUCUUUUGUGGUUAUCUUGAUCUCAAAUUAUUUUUGCAAAAAGAGAUUUUACUGUGUUUAGUGCAAAAAAAAAAAAAAAAGAGAGCGAGUUCAUGUAAAGUGGAAUUUCAGAUUAGAAACACAAUAUCAUUUACUAUGGCAGACAUAUGAAGGGUAAAAUGUAUUAAUCUGACCAUACAACACAUUUAGAGUUGAUGUAAUGGACAUAAAUCUUAUCAACCUUGUCGCUUUGAACUGUCUUUCUCAAAAGUGCUGGCUAGCAUCUUCCCUACUUGCUACACCAAAUUGUAGGGGAGAGACUGUGUAUGUAUUUUUUAAAAGCAAUCCAAUGGAUUUGUUUUUUUCCAUAUUUUGAAAACAAGCUUGAAGAAUUUUUCUUAUUUUAGAAGGUAGGGAACAUGUGGAACUGUCUUUUAAAUUACUGUAAUCUAAUAUAUAUUUAUAAAUUAUAGCAUUAAAAAGUUCUGAUAUUGAUGUUGUUACUUCCUGGUAUUUAAUUUUUAUAAAAUGUUUUUGUAAGUAACUAAUUGUAAUAUUUCUUUUAAGUAAUUUAAAAAAUCUUUCCCAGAUAAAUUCUGCCCAGAACCUAUUUCCUUAGGGCAAUAUUCUGAAGUUCAGUAGUCCAGCGUGAAUUCGAAAUGUUCUUAUAUCUCUUCAGUCUCUUUUAAUAUAUACAAGUACCCAAGCAAAGUACACCAAAAGCCUCAUUUCUGUGUUGCAUUAAUAAUGGAUAUGCUGAUUAUCUAAUUCAGUGGAUUAGGUGGAAUAAAAGAUAAGUCUUUCAAAUAUGUAUCUGAUCAUAAUUUUUCAAAAUGUUCAUUAUGUUUAUUUUGGGUGCAUGAUGCCAAAUAAUCCUUAAUCAGCCAUUACUACCUGAUAUGUAGUGACAAAUGUUUUUCUAUCUGAUCAGUGGAUUGUAGGUUUCACUAUCUUUCUCUGCAGAUAAUCACUGCAUUUUCAAAUUGAUUUGGAAAAAGCGGCAAAGUGCUACCUAUAAGUAAAUUAGCAUAUUUGGCCUUAUCUAUGUAUAAGGUUUUCUCAGUUUGAUUUUGACAAACUCAUGGACUUGGAAUUGCUCUGUAGUAUUUUAAUUUAUUGUGAUGUAAUGAUUUUUUGAAAUGUUUAAUUGAUUAGCUGUUAAAAUAUAGAAAAUUAUGUAGCUUUGCAUGAAAUAAAGUACAUUUCUACAAGUUACUAAGAA